AUGACAACAGCAACAUUGUUCGAAAGCACCGACGGGACGGUGGUUCUGUUGGACCUGCCAAGGUCUAUCGAGGAGGCUCAAUACCUCGCGGCCGCCACGUUGCCCCAAGGUCCGAGUCUGGCCACAAAAUCUUGUCCUGAUGGAACUUCACGGACGAGACGGCUUAUCUCCAGCCCACCCCCGGAGACUCCCUUUGUAAAUCCGGAACCUAAGAACGACCCCUCGCCACUCCCAGCUGCCGCCCAGGUAGCUCAGCUGAUGAUUCAGGCUUCUGUGACUCGAGCAUUGGAGGAGCUCACGACGAACUAUUCAGGACCAUACUUGUUGCCGCGGCAGUUGUCGCGCCAAUGCAUGAUCGCAAAUGGUGGCAAAACUCUGGAUGAUUUUAAAUCACCUCAUAGUUGUGACCUUGAGAGCUGCUCAACCACUACAGAAGCAUGCUCUUCCAUUCAGGACGAUGACCCCGAAGGGAGAUACUACUUCCCUCCCGAGUCCCGUCAUGUCCUCGGUACGAUUCAGGAAACCAAAGCGCUGCUCUUACGGGACGCUCCAAAUUUUGACGUGAUAGUCUUGGAUCCUCCAUGGCCAAACCGGUCUGCCAAACGCAAGAAGGAUGGCUACAAGGUGGCUGCCACAACCGAUGAGAUCCGCGACCUUUUGUCUGACGUGCCGAUCCCAUCUUUGCUCGCUCGAGAUGGGCUGGUCGCCAUCUGGGUGACUAACAAGCCGGCGUUUUUAGAAAUGCUGACCUCGUCCAGGGACGGCAUACUGAGCGAGUGGGGAUUAGAGUUGGUAGGGGAGUGGUCGUGGCUUAAAAUCACCACCUCGGCACAACCGAUACUGCCCAUUGAUUCUGCUUAUCGUAAGCCGUGGGAGCCAUUGCUGAUUGCGCAGCGGAAGGGUUCUAAGAGGGUGUUCCCGUCAUGCUGGCGCAGGCGCGUGAUACUAUCUGUGCCGGAUACACACUCUCGCAAGCCUAACAUUCGCAACUUGAUGAGCACUAUGUUGCCGCCGCGGCCUCGUGGGCUUGAGGUCUUUGCAAGAAAUCUCACGGCCGGUUGGUGGGCUUGGGGAGACGAUGUACUGCAUUUCCAAGAGCGUAGCAAUUGGGUCACGGCAGAGAGUGAACGUCCCCUUACAGGUUCCCAAAGCGAGUAA